UAUUUCGAGGUUCUUACAUCAUGGAGACUGAUUUGAAUCUUUCGGAUGACAUUUUGCAUGUGUAAAACCAGUUAACAUGCCGUUGUGUUGUUUUCACUCAUUUCAAUCAACUGGGCACGUCUUCUACCUCAAAUAUUAAUGCUGUCAUAACAGUCAUCACGCCUAUCCCGAUCUGCCAUUUGAGAGGCGGGCGUGUUCAAUACACCCAGUACAAACUCAAGCACGCUGUGCGUGUCAGUUCAUUUCACAAACAGAGCGUUUUUCUCCUCCGAAGGCUGAUUUGUCACAUUUGCGUGUAUGAUUUCAUAUUCAGCUGGGCUGUCAGAGAUGGACGGCAUCGGGAACACCAUGCAGAAGAAGGCUGCUGAGCUGGAGCGCAUGGCCGAAGUCCUCGUUACAGGAGAACAGUUACGGCUACGGCUCCAUGAGGCUAAGGUGAUUAAAGACAGGAGGCAUCAUCUCCGCACCUAUCCGAAUUGCUUUGUGGCCAAGGAGAUCGUUGAUUGGCUAAUUGAGCACAAAGAAGCGUCUGACAGAGAUACUUCCAUCAAGAUCAUGCAGAAACUUCUUGACCAGAGCAUCAUUCACCAUGUUUGUGAUGAGCACAAGGAGUUCAAAGAUAUGAAGCUGUUCUACCGUUUCAGGAAGGACGACGGAACCUUUCCACUGGACAGCGAAGCCAAAGUUUUUAUGAGAGGCCAGCGGAUAUAUGAGAAGUUGAUGAACACUGAAAACACCCUGCUGCAGACGCGUGAAGAGGAGGGAGUGACAUAUGAGCGGACGCUGGUGGCCUCAGAGUCUAUAGACUGGCUGCUGCAGGAAGGUGAAAUGCCCACCAGAGAGGAGGCUGAGCGGUUGGGACGCAGAUUGCUGGAGCAUGGCAUCAUUCAGUGUGUUUCUAACAAGCACCAUUUUGUGGAUGGCGGACUGCUUUACCAAUUCAGGAUGAAUUUCCGGCGGAGGCGGCGACUGAUAGAGCUUUUGAACGAGCGUUGUCGCAGCAUACCGGAGAACCAUGACAGCCCUUUCUGUCUGCGCAAACAGGGCUCUGAGGGGGGAAACACCAGCUUCCUUUCAGUGCUGAAGAGACAAGUGAGCCCAGAGGAACUUCAGACUCCUGGUGGACCUUACAUAAAGAAGACAUUCACAAUUGUGGGAGACGCAGUGGGCUGGGGAUUCGUGGUGAGAGGAAGUAAACCCUGCCACAUCCAGGCAGUAGACCCCGGCGGACCCGCUGCAGCAGUGGGAAUGAAGGUGUGUCAGUUUGUGGUGGCAGUUAAUGGAAUGAAUGUGCUGAAUCUGGACUACAGGACUGUCAGCAGCCUCAUCCUCACUGGCCCCAGAACAGUGGUCAUGGAGGUUAUGGAGGAAGCCGAUUACUGAAGACAGCCGCUCUUUAGUGUUUCUGUUCUUCUCUCGUUCUCUUUUUCUCUUAGCUGGACUUUCUUCAGCGAGUCAACGUUCUGUUUAAUGGAAUGUUCAGAGAAGUGAACUCUUGAUUCCGUUCAUCAUUUUGAUUCAAACCAUUAACAUGACACUAAUCCAUGCUUUGGAAUCCGUGCCUCCCAUUGGCUCCUCAUUGACUGUUACUGGUCCAUGUCAGCUAAGGCUGUACCUGGACAGAUGAUAUGGGAAAAGCAGCUGCCAAAUAUCAUUUUUAGCAGAACCGUAGCAUUUAAAACACUCUUGGUAGGUUUGCAGAACCGAUGCCAAACUAAUAUAUGUGUGCCAUUCAGGUGAGAGCAUAAUUCAGUGCUCUUUUUCUACUGUUUCAUCAUUUAGAGUUUAGGCUGUGAGAUUUGGAGAGUAAAUGUAUACAACAUUGUAUCAGGCAUUUUAUGACCUUAGUGUGGUUAGUUUAAAAUAACUCUUUUAUAAUUCCUGUCAUGCUUGCCGGGAGUUAGUAAAAUAAUACAUAUUGAUAUAUCCAUCCGAAUGCAGGGAACAACCAACAACAGCACUUACAGACUUUAGGUGAAACUUGAGAGUGAAUGUUUAAAACGCUACGCACAUCUGAAAGAUGCUGUUGUACUGUAACUCGUGUCUUGAUUUAAAAGUAUCUUGUGAAAGUAGUUUAAAGUUUCUGUCUUUUGUCUAAAUGCCAUCAAAAAGGCAAGUAGUUACCUGUAAAAUGUAACAACUAAUAUUAUAUGACAAUAUUGAAAAUAUCACUUUAUAAGAGUUACGGCAGAAAUAUACUUUACACAAGUCUGUAAACGCUGACGAUUGAAUAAUAACGUGCAUUAUUAUUCUGGAUGUGUUUUUAUUCAGGAAAGUUGCUAGCUAGCUUAGCGAUUAUCUUCAAACCUUUAAACUGUUGGUCCACUUUGACAGAGGUUGAUAUGAAAGAGAAAAGUGAUCAUAAAAAAAUCCUAAUUAUAAAUUGCAGUCACGGUCAGAGACAUUUCGGAACACAGAGUUUGUGUGUCUAUGCGAGUCUGCUUUCACAUAUUUGCGUAGAGUAUUUUUCGGGACUUACUGUUUUAACUUGAAAACUUACUGCCAUGAAAAUUUUUGCAUAGUCAUGUAGUGUGUUUAUAGAGUAAAUCAGUCAAUAAGACAAGUCUAUGAAUUCACUCACCAAAUUUUGUAACUAGUUUAAGACAUACAUUUGUAAUUCUAUCUAAGGAUUUAUUAGACAAAUUGGAAAUAUACAGUAGUGCUGUAUAUGCAAACUCCUAUAUGCAUGUGUAUUGUACAAAGCAGGCAUCUGUGUAAGAAUUAAGAUAUGUCAUGACACAACAUGAUAUCUAUAAUGUGCUCAUCUUCCACACAUUCUUCUCUGUGGAUUAUUUUUUUUUUUUGCAGGUUGCUUGUUGUGCGGUUGUACUCAUUUGUAUUGAUGAGAAUGACAAAUAACAGUCACAUGAUGAUAUUUUGUUCUUAAUUGAAGUAGGCUUGAAUCUUCUGCCUUAAUGACCUGUAUUGUGCUGCUAAUUCUCACGGCUGGUCAUGUAACAUCUGAAAAGUCCUCUUUUAAAGACGGUAUAGCUGAAGAUUUUGGAGGUGAUCAUGACAAUCCGCAAUCCGAGUAGUCUGCUAAAUACUGGGCCAGAUAUGUGCCACAUGUUCCUCACUGCCGGGAAAUCUAAGCUAAUCUAAUAAUCUUAUAGUUCUUCUGUCUUCUGUUCUGAAAUAGAAUGAAAAGGAAAGUUUCAUUUAAAACUUAAGUUCAGUGCAGCUAAGUUCAAUGCACGUGUGUCUGUUUAAAGGGAUAGUUGACUCAAAAUGAUGUCCUCAUUUACUCACCCUCAAACUGUUCCAAACCU